AUAGAGACAGACAGGGAGAGGGAGAAAUGGCGCCUCGAUGCUGCGCUCACUGAGGCAGUGUUUGGAGCCGGUUAGGGAGAUUCAGUAAGGGCAGACAAAAGGAAAAAACAUGGUGAACACAAGGAAAAGCUCGCGGCCGAGGAGCGGUCCCUUCAUCUCCUCCAGGACUCGGUCGUCGUCGAGAAACGAGCGAAACUCUGAGGAACAUAAGGAGCCCAGUAGUGAUGUGAGCAGUCCCAGCAGCCCGCGGUUGGCUCCUCCUUCUAAGCGGACGCGGCGGCAGACUGCCUCCGAGCCCAGCUCUAGUGAUACCUCACCGUCCCCUCAGACUAAGGGCCAGAGGGUCAGCUGGGACAUUCCUACCUACCGCACCAGGUUGUCCUCUCGCAUAAUGCAAAAUGGGCACGCCCAUAUGAGUCACCGGAAUGACGAGAGUGGAGGGGGAGAUCACUCUCACAUGAAUGGUCAUGUGGAGCUGAAGAGGAGCUGCAGGGUGAAGAAGAGCCAAUUUGAACACCUCAAUCAGAGCCUGCUGUUUGACCAGCUGGUCAACAGCACUGCCGAGGCUGUCCUUCAAGAGAUGGACAACAUCAGCAGCAUCAGGCAGAACCGUGAGGUGGAGCGACUUCGCAUGUGGACUGGAGACACUGAGGAGGAAAACAUGGACAUGUAUUCCCGGGUGAAGCGCAGGAAGUCCAUGCGCAGGAGCACUUUCAGCAUGCCUACACACCACAAAGUUAUGAGCAAGAAUGAGCAGGAGGAUGAAGAGGAGGAAGGGACGGAAGAUUCCCACGGCGAGGAAGAGGAGGAGGACGCAGAGGAUGAGGAUGAUGAAGGGGAUGAAGCAGAAGAGGCAGGAGAGGAAAAUGACAGACCGUACAACCUGAGGCAGCGAAAGACAGUGCAGAGAUACGAGGCACCACCUAUUGAGCCAGUGAACAGAAAACAGAGCAACCCCUCACUUUUUGACACCCACAGAUCCCCAGCAAGAAGAAGCCAUAUAAGAGUGAAGAAACAUGCCAUCCACAGCAGCGACACCACCUCGUCUUCUGAUGAGGAGCGGUUUGAGAGGAGAAAAAGCAAGAGCAUGACCCGGGCCAGGAACAGAUGUUUGCCCAUGAACCUGACUGCAGAAGACCUGGCUAGUGGGGUGCUGCGUGAUCGGGCGAAAGUGGGCGCCAGCUUGGCCGAUGUGGAUCCCAUGAACCUCGAUAGCUCAGUGAAAUUUGACAACGUGGGCGGCCUCAGUAAUCACAUUAAGGCACUGAAAGAGAUGGUAGUGUUCCCACUGCUUUACCCUGAGAUCUUUGAGAAGUUUAAGAUCCAGCCUCCCAGAGGGUGUUUGUUUUAUGGCCCUCCAGGGACAGGAAAGACCCUGGUAGCACGGGCACUUGCCAAUGAGUGUAGCCAGGGAGACAGGAAGGUUUCUUUCUUUAUGAGGAAAGGAGCCGACUGUCUCAGCAAGUGGGUCGGUGAAUCGGAACGCCAGCUACGCCUGCUCUUUGACCAGGCUUACCUGAUGAGGCCAUCUAUAAUUUUCUUUGAUGAGAUUGAUGGUUUGGCUCCUGUUCGCUCCAGCAGGCAAGACCAGAUACACAGUUCUAUUGUGUCUACUCUGCUGGCCUUGAUGGACGGCUUGGACAGUCGUGGGGAGAUAGUGGUCAUUGGUGCUACAAACAGACUUGACUCUAUCGACCCGGCACUCAGGAGGCCUGGACGCUUUGACCGGGAGUUUCUGUUCAACCUGCCCGGCAAGAAGGCCAGAAAGCACAUCUUGGAGAUUCACACACGGGACUGGAAUCCCAAAUUGGCUGAGCCAUUUGUAGAUGAACUUGCAGAAAAAUGUGUCGGCUACUGUGGUGCUGACAUCAAAGCGCUUUGCACAGAGGCAGCCUUGGUGGCGUUGCGCCGCCGCUACCCCCAGAUCUACGGCAGCAGCGUCAAACUGAAGCUGGAUGUCACCUCCAUUGUCCUGGGGCCCGGCGACUUCAGCAAGGCCAUGAGGACAAUCGUCCCAGCCUCCCAGAGGGCCCUGGCUCCCCCUGGCCGAGCCCUGUCCCCUACCCUCAGGCCCCUGCUGGCCAACUCUUUCUCCUUGGUGCUGAAAGCUCUGCUCCGAGUCUUCCCCCAUGCUCAGUGUACUGACAGGGACAACACACACGGCGGUGACAAUCAACUGCUCGAAGAGGACUUGUACAGCGACGAUGACAAUGAGGAACGCUCCGCUUCCAUCUAUGAAGUCCAGCCUGCUGCAUCCCCAAAGAGUCAGCUCUCCUCUUCUGCAACGCACAGACCCUUCCUCCACUUCUCCUCAUCUGCCCUCCAACAGCCCACAGCAUACCGGCCUCGUUUGAUGCUGGCUGGGGCCCCGGGCUCAGGACAGAGCUCUCAUUUGGCCCCCGCCUUGCUGCACCACCUGGACAAGCUGCCAGUGCACCGCCUGGAUUUGCCCACUCUCUACUCCGUCAGCGCUAAGACGCCAGAGGAGUCCUGUGCUCAGGUUUUCCGCGAGGCCCGGCGGAGCGUGCCCAGUGUGGUGUUCAUGCCACAUAUCUCAGAGUGGUGGGAGACAGUGAGUGACACUGUGAAGAGCACCUUCCUCACCCUGCUGCAGGAUGUGCCCUCUUUCAGCCCUGUCCUUAUCCUUGCCACUGCUGAGACUCACUACUCACAGCUGUCAGACGAGGUGAGAAGUAUGUUCCAGAGGACCUAUGGGGAGGUAGUGACGCUGUGCCCUCCAGGAGAAGAGGACCGGAGGAGCUUCUUCUCCGACCUGCUGUUGGUCCAAGCGGCCAGGGCCCCGCCGCGCCUCAGGAUCACAGAGGUGUGUGUAGAGACACUACCAGUGGCAGAGGCUCCAGGCCCCAGAGUCCUGUCAGCAGAGGAACAGCGCCGCCUGGCUGAGCAGGAGGAGAACACACUACGGGAGCUCCGGCUCUUUCUCAGGGAUGUGACCAAGCGCCUGGCCACUGACAAACGCUUCAACAUCUUCAGCAAGCCAGUGGACAUUGAGGAGGUGUCAGACUACCUGGAGGUUAUUCGGCAGCCAAUGGACCUGUCCACUGUCAUGACCAAGAUUGACACUCUCCAGUACCUGACAGUGAAGGACUUCCUGGUGGAUAUCGAUCUCAUCUGCAGCAAUGCUCUGGAAUACAAUCCUGACAAGGAUCCUGGAGACAAGGUGAUCAGGCACCGAGCAUGCAGUUUAAAGGACACAGCCCAUGCUAUAUUUGCGUCCGAGCUGGACCCCGAGUUCGACCGCAUGUGUGAAGAGAUCAAGGAGGCACGCAGGAAGAGGGACCUCCAGACUCCAGCUCUGCCGACGCCGCCGACGGGCGCUGUGGCAACCAGAAAGCAGCACACUGCAGGAGAGGAGCAGGCGAGGAGCAGCACUCAGGGCGAGGCCACUGAAAAACAGUGCACCACUAAUCAUAUAAAGCGGAAGAUUCGCCGGCGGCCAUCUUGGGGGCGGGGCAUCAUCCGUAAGAAGAAGAGCUACAGGAAGGAAACAGAAGAAGAGGAGGAGGAGCCUGAGGCAGAGGCAGAGGCGGAAGCUGCAGGGCCCAGUGACUCAUGUUUGACGCAAGAUGAGGAAUCAUCUUGUGAUACCAUGGGUCCCCAGCCCAAUGGCCACCAUCCCCAUGUCCCCUCCACAGAGGAGGAGAGCUCCAACGAGCCCCCUGUCGCAGCUCCUGCCGAACCUCCCGAUGCCAGUGAAGCCCGAGAAGAGCCAACACCUAAGGAGGAGGAGCCCACAGCCAAAGAGGCAGAGCCCGAGAACACAGAGAAACACACUGAGCUGCACUGCCUUGAUGGCACUUCUCAGCCCAAGGCAGAAGGGGAUGGCCAGGCCAAGCAGGCCGACUUCCAGCCCUUGAUGGAUAUGUCCGAGUCUUCAGAUGCUGAGGUCCAGCCUAAGCGCACAGAGGGUCUCCUCGUAUCACAAGCGGAGUGUGUGAAUGGAAACGAGUCGAUGGACAGCCUGGACUCGCAGAGCCUCCAGAGGAGCAGUGAGGCUGAGAAAAGGACUCCUCUGAGUACGGCUGAGGGCUCGAAUGAACCAGUACAGGAAGAGCACAAAGACAAAAAUGAGAGCAAUCCAACUCAGGAGCACCCUCCCCAGGAUGGGAGUGCAGUAACAGAAAGUGUUGAGGAAGGUCAAGAUACAGAAGGGGGUUCCACAGACAAGACAUGCAAGACGAGCCUGUCGGAGCAGCUGAAGGGAUCUGCUGAAAGCGUGGAGGAAGAGCCACAACCAGUCCCUCCCCAUCCUCCCUUAGUGGUCGACCACCAGCGACUUUCGGCUCUCCUGGACAUGGUGGUGAUGAAGAGUGAGGGCUACAGCGUGGAGCAGCUGGAGAGACUGUACUCCCGUCUCAGCCAGUGUAUCUACCAGCACCGCAGAGAGUACGACAAGACCCAGCUACUGGAGGAGAUGGAGGAGAGAAUCCAGCAUUUUGAUACAUUCCUGUGAGACGGAGAGAAGACCUUAUCAGGUAGAUCCUGAACAGCCUGGGACCACAAAGACACACACAGACUGAGUGAGACAGAGAGUGGAGGAGCUUCUGAGUCCAGCCCUCAAUAACACACACAGAAAAUCCAGCACCCUCUUCUUGCUGGGUUGGGGACACAACGAGGACGACGUUGAGGACAUUCAAUGGUGCUAUCGUCUCAGGAACCUGGCCAGAUCCAGACCCAUUCUACACAACCAAACUCCUGGAGGUGUGUCAGUCACACACGCACGCACACACACCGACGGUGACGGGCAACCCUGGUGCUACUCGGGUGCUAUCCUAACUUUCAUCCAUGCUGCUCUUGGGAUUACUUCUUAACUUGGAUGACUAGCAAAACCAACAGAUCGGGUGAUGUCAUAUCGCAACCUGCAAGCCGCACAUAGUACACACUCACACAUGCCCUGAAACUUGGGUAUGCAAGUUUAUCUACACACCCAGAAAAUGCACACACACACUCACCCAGAUCACCACCAGCAGAAGUGUGAAUGCAGAGUGCCGAGAGGAGAUGAGGACAGAUAAUGUUCUGAAUCACUGAACCACGUUGCUGAGCCCAUCUUCCCCCCUCGAGUGGAAUGCUUCGUCAUAGGCCAGUUGUUACCACGCUAUUAUGCGGCUCAUUUUUUCUGCCAUUUAAGCUACUUGAUUAAUUCAAUAUCUGAGCCGCCGUCAAGGAUACUCACCCAGAACAAUAGUUUACAAAGAAGUUUUCAGUGUGAACACAAACUUGUCGAGGUUAGCACAGCAGGACUAGAACCGAUUAUGUCCUCUUCAACGCAGCAGUCAUCGGGGGUGGAGAGCCCCCUCAGCGUUUGUCUCAGAGUUACUGGUGAACAAGCUUGUAGGUCAGCUGUACAACCACUCCGCUCAUAGACCACCUCUGGCGUUCACAGUCUUAGCAGAUUGUCAUGUCCUAAGUAGUUUGUGUGGUAGCUGAACCCCCCUCCUCCUCACUGCAUUCACAGUCUGAAUGUUUUCCCUCCCGCUCAAGCUGUGCCCGCCAGUUGAUUUUCCUAGCAACACCCCGGCUGAGGAACUGGAAGCAGUACAAAUUGGAAUGCGUCAAAGAGUUUGCACUGCCUAGUGUGUGCCUUAUUUAAAACCUCACAUGAAACUCUGAUAUAUUUAGCAGGAUUUUUUAUUUACUACUUGUGACAAUGAACAGGCUCCAAGUUGGGGGUGGGUCCUAACCACUGAGGUCACAGUGACCUUGAAGCAAAAAUACAUAUAUUUAAAUGUUAUUAGGUCGUUUUAAAACAUAUCUUGACUGAACAUCUCCAACCUGGGCCAAAAAAAAAAAUUUAAAUCUGAGGAAUACAAAAAGUAUGGAAGCAGACAAGAGACAAAAAUAUUUUAACAGCAACUGAAAACUUUAUAUUGAAAUUUUAACACUAACACUGAAAUAUUUUGCUUUGAAAACCAAGUGUCUGAAUUUAUCAGUUUUAGGGAUAUCAGUACUUAAUCAUUAAUCGGUUUGUAGCUGAGAAUAUUUUUGACUGGUUGUGCAUACUGCUCUGUAGAUUAAUGUUUUUAUAUUCUUCAGUUGACUGUAUUGCGCACCACCCAGCUCUGGUGGAAGCUAACAUUAGCUAACGGCACUGCUCAUUAGGUGAUUACUGCUUGUAACGCCAUCCUGACCCAACAGCAUUGCAGUGAAAACACUCCGCCAGGUUGCCACGGUGAUUUUGAGCCGCAAACCUCCUCCAGCAUUAAUAACGACUGUUAGCUUUGUUAAUACUGUUUGCAGUGUCGGCACGGUUAAUGGUGCCAACAUAGUUAACAGUCCUAAAGAGGUUUUGCCACUCAAAAUGAACCCGCUUAGAUUAGAGGGUGGCCACCAUUUACUGCAGCAAUGGCGUUGCAAGUGGUAAUGGCUAAAUGAGUGAUGCUGCUAGCGAAGUCCCACAUGACCCAUUUCGUUUGUCCAGUUUAAAGUGGACAAGGCUAACAUUAGCUAACAGGUGGACACUGGAGGGUGGGUGUUGGGCACUGUUUCAGCAUGUUAAUGCGUCAAGGUGGUAGUCUGUCAGUAAAGCAAACCAAAAAUAAAAUGAGAAGCGGGAUAUUUACAAUACAAAACAUUUAAAUUUUACAACCUUUCAAUAUAUAGUGCUCUGAGAUGUGAUGCUAAAGCUCAAUGAGUAGAUGGAGUGCUAGACUACAAGGAAAAGCCUUUUGUAUUUCAUAUCAUUUGUAUUUAUUUAUUUAUUUAUUUUGCUUUGUUACUGGGUUUUUUGUACCAUCUCUUUAAAAAUGAAAACAUGAAUUUCUUGAUUUGCAAUUUCAAAAGCUGAAUUUGAAUUUAUACUUUUAUAGUGUUCUUAAAUUAAGAUCCAACAAUUCAAGUUUCAGAAAAAAAAACCCCAAUUCAAAACAAACAAAAAUAACAAUAAUAAUUAUGAUAAGGUCCCGGUUUCUCAAUUUUGGAGUCAAGAAAAUAAAAAAUGUAAAAAAAAAAAAAAAGAAAGAAAGAAUUUUUUUUUUUUUUUUUAAAUUGAGAACGUUAAAAAAAAUAUAUAUUCAAAUUAAGCUUUUCAAAAUGCAAAUCAAGAAUUGUUAUGUUUUGAUUUUAAAUACAUGAAUUUAAAAAAAAAAAAAAAAAAAAUUGAUCCCAAAAUAGAUUCAUGUUGGUCAAAUUUGAAUGCUGAAAUUCAGAUCCAAAAUUCAAGUCAAAAAUCUGUAUAUUUUUUUAACUCUGAAAGUUGAAUUUUUGGAUCUGACCUCAAAAACAUUGAAAACAUAUUUAUUCAAAUUAACCUUUUGUAAUUGCAAAUCAAGAAAUUUUGUAUUGUCAUCUCAAAGAAGUGAUGCAGGACAUAAAAAUUCAGAUAUAUGGUUUUCAAAUUAAAAUAUUUCAAUGCUCUGAAUUAAGUAGUGUUUAAAUUUGAAUGUAAAAAGACUGUUAAAGCUGUUAAAAUACUUUUGUCUCUUAGUAGCUUCCAUAUAAAGUUUUUGAUAACACUUACCUUCUGUGGCUGUGUCAGUGUCCGGCCAGAUACAUCUAAAGCACUUGAAAUGUUUCGCUAUUUAAAUGUAUUCAUGCCCCGUUUAAACCCAGAGCUGUUUGGGAGGUCAGUCUCCACCUGAGCGGACAGCAGGUGUACGGAGAGGUUGACAACACCAGCUUUUCUUCAGUUUUCCAUAUGCAAAAAAUAAAUUAGGAGUCAAAACGAUUUACCGUGCCAAGUGUUAUCCCGCUCCCUAAAAAAAAAAGGUGCUGACACAAUGGUGCCUGUUCACAGGAAUUCUGCUUCAACUAUGAAAAUGUUCUAUGAGAUGGUCGUGACAACCUGCGUGUUAUGUUUGUAUUUGAUAAUUAUUUUUUAACGUUUGUUUUUCUACAAGAUGCUUUGCUUGAGUUGUUUUUGCAUUGGUUGUGAAUCCACAAUGAACAAGGCCAUUCUAGGCAGUGCCCGUCACUAAGGUGUAUAAAGCAUUACAUGAUUUAUUUUUUUUUUGUCCUUUUACAUAUGUGUACCUACUUUAUGGAUUUAUUUCAUGUUUUUCUCGACAUCAAACGAGAGAAGCUGGACUCUCACACAGUAUGUUUUCUGACUGCAGUAAAUGAAGGUAUAUUUGCUGAAGCUUUAUAAGGUUUUCAUGGCAUUGUCGUGGGUUUGUUUGUUUUUUUUUUUUGUUUUUUUUUUGGAGAUGCCAUAUUUUGAGCAGGUGUAGGCUGGAGAAGGCCCCUUCUUUCUCUCAAAGCACUCUUGUCCGAUCCUCAAACCCCCCCGCCCUCGGUGCAACUCUGACCCCAGCUCACCUCUGCCUUUUUCUCGGAUUCUAGGUGACACAAGCAAAGACCAUAUGCAAACUGGCAAUGACAGGUUAGCACUUGGACUACUGCAGAGAGAAAAACCAACGCUACCUCAGCUUAAUUUAUUUUAAUGCGAAAACUGUUUACUGGGUACAAAAACAGUAUUUUUUUCCCUCCCCUCCGAAAUACUGUUGCAACAUCUACAGUACCAUCAAAGGUACCAGAUCAGUGAAACCACGGCUGCUGCAGUAAUCCAAGAGUUGUUUAAAUCUCUCCGAUUGUUAUGUAUGUUUGCAUUUGAGCCAGAUGAUGAUUGCAUACAUUUUAAGCAUAUUUCAUGGACUGUAUAUUUAAUGCUUUAGUUUCAGGUUUUUUUCUUAAUUUCUACUGUACCAUGACUAUGAGAUUUCCUAGAACUGCUCCACUUUGAUAUUUUCACCCCCCCCCCAUACCUUCGUAGAAGCUACAGAGAGCAUUUUCUGCCUCUUUAUACACAUCCAUCCUAUUUUUUUUUCAAAUUGAGCUUUUUUUGCAGUUUCAUCUCAUGAUUCUGAUUAUUUAUUAUUAAACACGUUUUACACCUAAUAUUCAGUCAAUUGUCUUUUUGUAUGUUUGAAAUUUAACGAAUCGCGCGUCCGUUUUAACAAUUUUUGCUGAAUUGCGUAGCGUUUGUGUAGCAGGUUUAUUUGGCGUGUGCGGGGGAAUAAAGGGUUUACAGGUCUCUCAGGUUCAACACGCGACAACAUGCCCUUUCAACUUUUUUAUUUAUUUGAUUGUUCUGGUGUUUUCUUCGUUAAAAGUGGUUACAGACUGUGGCAUACUGGAAGAGACUAACAUUAGGACUGAAGUGAUAUUUAAAACGUAGUGUCUGUGUAGGUACAUCCCAGGAAGACAAACAGGACCAGAUUUAACCUUCUUCUAAUGUUGUUCACUUUGUCUCCACUUUCUGCCAAAAGAGUUAUUUUUUAUGAAUUUUAGAAACGCUUAUGGAAAUAAAUAUGGGUAGUUAAAUGUCAUACAUUGUGAUCUUCCUUUCUUAUUAUAAAUUGUAGCCAGUUUGGACUAACAACCAAUUUUUGUCUGGUAGUUGAGACUACUUAGUCCAGUAUGCAGAAGGGAAAGGGUUUGUUCUAUCCUCAAUUGCUUUGUUCUUCCCUAUUUUUUCACGGUUAAUUUUAGUCGAGACUUUCCAUAGCUUUGUCAGUUCUGUUCGUUUGUGUAUUUAACACACCUGUUCGCAAUUGUUACUUUAGUGUAAGUUAUAUUUGAAAUGAAACAUUUACUGUAUUUCUCAAAUAAAACUGCUGUGAUAUACUUGAAUAAAAGGUGCA